CUCCAAGGACAUCAAUCACAUCUCCUCGGGACACCCACAGACUCUUCUAUGCUUUGUUACAAAACAACAAUACCACCCACGCCACCAAGCAAUUGCCAGGGGGCGCUUCUGAGCAGGUUUGCGUGUUGCCUCUGCUCGCCAAGUUGGCCGCCUCCACCGGCUUCUGACCCUGAGUGUUUCAGAGCUCUGGCACCCUGAUACCGAUGCUGCUUCUCCCUGUGUCUUGACCCCAUGAGCCAAGGCCCUUCCAAGACUCACCGCUGUCCUGCUGGACCUGUGGUUUCAAUCGUGGUGGGGAUUUGGCAACAGUCGAUCGCGGAACAAGACUUCUGUCGCUCCAACUUGCGACGGUGAGGGCCUCUUCGUCGUACGGGGCUGGAUGGAGUCCUAUGUAUGUACCUGGGUCAAGUCUGCAUCAUCACUUCUGGGCGUACCUCCAGCCAAGUCGGUAAGCUACAAACAGGGGCAUUUCAUAGACGACUCGACUCCUCUCCUCCCUUUCUCGUUUUUCUUUUCUUCGUAUAUCGCUGGUCGAGCUCAAUCCCUUGUCGUCUUGGGUUGUUACCUGUUUUGGUGCUUGUCGAAGCAGAGGCUGGUUCCUCUGACAAAUUCAUUUCGUGUUCGUGGGCUCCGUGCUUGCCAUUGAUGCUUGUCUUGUUAUAUCUUUCCUUAGCCACUCGACAGUUGGGAAGUCCUUGGAAGGCCGUUGUCGCCCAGAAUGCCCGCCACCAAUCUUAGGGGACGGUUUGACAGGUCCAAAAUCGCUCCAUUGAAGGCAGGACGCAGCGAAAGCUCACAUGGCGUCGAGGAACCAGAAUUGGUACAGAGGCAGGUCCUACCUGAGAACGACUUCCUUCCUCGGGAUCAGACGUCUAGUGAUGAUGACAGUCAAGACGAGGACGAGGGCGAAGAUGCCGAUGAUUCAACGGGCGAAGACGACGACAGCGACCAUCCAAACCCGUCUCAACCGGCGACAGCCACGGCAUCCCAAGGUCAGGCAUCUCUCACUGCGCCGUCAAAGACGACCAACCACCCAUCCACAGCCCAUUCAACCAUAGGCAGUUCCGCCACGCCGGCCUCGACAGACAUAGGCACGAACGGCCCUCAAGGGUUUCUUCCCACCACUUCGGCGUUCCCCAGCUCCUUUACCACAAGCUCAACUUCAGUCGUGCCCCCGCCAAAUAGCAGCACCGGGCUGGCCGCACCAGUAUCAACCAGCCCAGUCGCCACCAGCGAGUCCGUCAGCGCUUCGGACCACCCUCUAUCGAAAGUGGCAAUUAUAGUUCCAUCACUGCUGGGAGCCGUGGCCGCCAUUGUGGCCGCCUACCUUCUCUUUCGCUACUGCAACCCGCUCAAGGCCAGAUGGGCGGUCUACCGAGCACGAAAAGGCAACAGGCUGCCGGGAGAGGAAGAAGAUGGGACGGCACCGAAAGCGACGCCGCAAAUGACCGAGGCGUAUGCCACGCGGACAGAAAUCGCACGUCCUCCAUCCCUGCACAUUAGUCCCCCGGCCACGACCAGACGCGCUCCUCCACCGCCGCUGGUCCGCAAUGGUUCGAUGAACAACCUGGGCCACAUCGCGGUUGCUAACCAACAUGCUCGGUCUCAGAGCAAUCCACAAACCCUGCCUGACAAUACGCCACGCCCGCCGUCGUACGCCUCGGGCGGCUACGGGGCUCGUGCUCUUCAACUGCAGGCGGAGGAGGAAGAGGAGGAGGAGGAGGAGGAGGAGGACGCGGGGCUUCCAAACCCAGAUCCCCCGUUCAGACACCCCAACGGCCUGGCGAACAAUCCCCCGACUCCCGUCGCGCGCAACCACCCUCCGACGCCUCGCCAGCGACACGAAGCAGUGAGCGACGUGCCCAGCAUGCCGUCCCCCAGCAGCGUAGCCGCCGGCGGCCUGGACCUGGAGUUCCCCCUGCCACCGUCGACGCCGUCCGGGGCGGCGCACUUCUCGACAACAUCUCCUCCGCCGGGAUCCACCUUCAGCUCCCCCCACCGACUGCACAAGUCCAUCACACCUUCCGAGAGCAUAUCCAACGUGCCCGACUCGCCGUUCCCCUUCUCGCCCGCGCUCAUGCCCCCGAUGCCGCUCCUGAAUUCGCGCUGGAGCCACAAUUCGUCGAGCGUCAAUGGGCGAACGGCCCUGGGGGAGGAGAGGAGAACUGCGCAGCGCCACAGCGCAGACCCGGGACUGGUGGACGCAGCGUUCCCGGCACCGCGUUCCCCAUCUCCCAAGAAUUCGAGUUUGUCGCUAGCGUCCCCCCCAUCUUAGGGUCGACGGCGUUGGGGUUGGGGUCGGGGAGCAUCCAGUGUAUGCGCUUGAGGCCCACCGGCGUGGCUUCGUCAAGCACCCUGGCUGGCUCCGGUAGAGAACACUAUUACGGACUUCAGAAGCUGUCUGUUUUUGGGAAGCAGACCCGGGAGAUGUUGGGGGGGGAGGGGGGGAUAGAAUCGAGCUGAGACAGUAUACGGCGAGACGAAAACGGGCCUGCUUGAUGAGCUAGCUGUCCCGUCAUGUAAAAAAGAUUAUAUGUACAUCCAAGGGAAAUCCGACCUCGUCAUGAAAUCCGAGUGGACCAGACAGAAGCCUUUGUAGAAAAAAUGGAAGAAAAUAGAUUUCACGAA